UUCCUGUUUCAACACGCGCGCGCACGCGCGCACACACGCACGACGUCUGACGUUUCACACGGGAGUGGACUCGUUUCCUCAAAGGAGUCUCCCAACGACGGAUCUGGCCUCUCACGAGGGAGGAGUUCACGAUGAAGCGACGACUGGAGGAUCGGGGGACGUUCUUUGGCCGCCCGGAGGCCUCCGCACAGGGCCAGCAGCUCAAGAGGCUCAAGGUAGAAGAUGCUCUGUCUUACUUGGAUCAAGUGAAGCUGCAGUUUGGCAACCAGCCUCAGGUCUACAACGACUUCCUGGCCAUAAUGAAGGAGUUCAAGUCUCAAAGUAUUGACACCCUCGGGGUCAUCAGCAGAGUGUCCCAGCUCUUCAGAGGUCACCCCAACCUCAUCGUGGGCUUCAACACCUUCCUGCCGCCUGGCUACAAGAUCGAGGUCCAGAACCCUGUUGCCGGGUGAAAACAAAAGGAAAUGAGAAGAAAAAAGGCUUCUUUGCGACAGAAUUCAUAUUGAAUUUGCUUGUGGAGAAUCAUUUUUAAGUCUGCUAUGAUCAUGCACUUUGAUUUUAAGAGUUAUUUUUCUUUUAAUGACGAAGUGAAUGUUUUCCCCUUUUAAAUUGUUCUAUUGUAUAUAGCGAUAACCCAGCGUAUACAGUUAUCUACAUUAAUUUAAUAUUUCUUCAAAUAUAACCUAUCACUUUAUCAUUCGAAAGACUAUUUAAUCAAGCUAAACUGUAUUAAAUACAAAUAAUAUCAACGUAUUCAUUCGUAAAGCUGUGUUUUUUGGCUUAUUAAUCUGAUUUAUAGGUCAUUUAAUGUUACUUGUUUUUCAUUAAUCGUGUUGAUUGUAUUUUUUAUUUGGCAAUUACAGUUUUUCUGUCUUGUAUACUAUUACACAUUUUAAAAUACUAAAAGAAGAGCAUGUAUAAAAAGAGUAUUGUAAACUGGUAGAGAUAAGAACAUAUAAAGAAAACAAUAACAUGUAUGUGGAAAGAUAAGAAGUUAAAAAUAAAUCAAUAUGGGGAAAGGUGAACAAAGUGUGAAUCCGGGUGUUGUGUGUUUUAAUAAGUAACUGUACAGCUACAGUGCUACAGUGAUAUAGUUGUGUAUCAUAAAUAAACCCACUGCACAAGAGAGGUGCAUGUGUUCCUCAAGUGGGUGGAGACCAAAACCGAGUGAAAAGGACCAAAUGUUGGACUUCAAUUGUGUCAAAUGUUUAGAAACACGAUUACAAAUUAGUUAUAAUGUUGAUUUGUAUCUGCUCGUCGUUUACUCCUUUUCUACGCUGCUCUGAAGAAACAUGUAUGAAUGGAAGUUCUUUUGGGUGUUAAUUUAAUAAUGCAGCCAUGACUCUAAGUCAAGUGUAAAUGUAUUUAGAGCUACACAUUAAACCAUUAGACCUCCACUGUUAUCUUUUCUCUUGAAAUGCAGAGGAGGUGGCUCCGGUAACACUCCCACGAUGACGCAUAUACUUUUAAAUAAAAAACAUUGCUCUCUG